UAAUGAAGUGAGUCUGGGGUACUGUAUUCUCGAAAUAUUGAAGGGUGUGGGGAAACUGUGACUCGCAGCCCAGUGUGGCCUGAACUGGGUGAAACAGUGAAACCACACUGAGAUCUGAAGAAAAUUGAGUCAAUGCAUUUCAUACCAGGGUUUGCAGCUGCACUAUGUGGAAAGCGUCCAGCGACUUUGUAGCUUCGGGGUAGUGAGCUGCAACCCGAGAGCUUUUAACCAACUUUUCACAGUGACAACUCGAGUUGUUCCCGCUGGCUAGUAAUGGAGCUGGUUUAACUGGGUGCGGGCUGCUGUUGACGGUAGGGUUGGGGGAAAGACCUACAGCAGAGAAUAUUUCAGCUCCUGACGUGUUAAACGGUGCCAGAAUUGCAGGAAAUGAAGUGCAUCAGAUGACGCAGUGAAUAGGAAGAAGAACAGACCCCAGCAGGAACAGACCCGCAAGCACGCUCGACUACGUGGAGGGGAGAGGGUUAGAGAAUGCUGCCGAAGUGGACAAAAGGCUCGGGUGAAGUUUACAGCUGGAUCUUGGAGAGAGUUGGCCCCGGUAAAGUCUGCUGCACUCCCACAGUCUGCUGUGAAACAGGAAGCCGUGCAAACUAACGGCGGGGCAAACUGUGUUGGAGAGACAAUCUUGGCUGCUUACGCCCGAGUAGGUCGAGAAAAGCUGACCUUUGUCCUUCAACCACAAGUUAAUGUGUUUGAUACUGUUAACACCGAGAGACACCAUGGCUUCAUCUGAUGCCGAAGGAGUUAUCCAAGAAAAACAUCCAGUUAUUAAGCAGUAUAAAAUAUCACUUCGCAUGGGGAUGGGCAUCAUCACCAUUUUUUUGCUUGUGUGUUUAUUUUAUAUGCUCAAUAACUCAUGUGAUGAAGUCAAGGGAACUUUCAAGCAAAACACCCUGAUGUAUAAACUGGGAAACUCCAGCAAACCAGCAGAAGCUUCCCAAAUGAAAUUGACCACGUCUGGCCAGGUCUCUACUGAGAGCACUUGGAUUCAAGCAUUGAUUGUGAAACAUCCGCAUCCAACCACAGAGCCCGGAAUUAUGUUUGUGCAAACAUCCGGUGAACUAAACCCUUCCCCGUUGAUCAUGUGCAGCGUUGAAUCGGCAGCAAGACUAAACCCAAACAAGCCAGUUUAUUUCUUCAUGAAAGCAUUCAAUGGUGAUAUAUCUGCGUAUCAAGAACCUGAGUACAAAGGCAUCCUUCUGCUUUCUUCAUUCAAGAAUGUGUUCAUCUUGCCUUUGAAUCCUAAAGAACUGUUUAGCAGCACUCCCUUGGCUGGAUGGUAUGAGAAGGUAGAUCCCAGCAAGGAAACUUUCUGGUUCCAUGUGCUCGCUGAUGGCUGUCGGCUAGCCUUGCUGUGGAAGUACGGGGGCAUCUACCUGGACACAGAUGUCAUUUCAAUCAAACCUUUGCAGUUUGAAAACUUCCUCUGUGAAGAAUCCAAUAAUCGUGCCAAUAAUGCAGCUUUGGGAUUUAACCACUCUCAUUCCUUUAUUGAGAGUUGCUUAAGUGAUUUUGUUGAGGAUUACAAUGGAGCAGAUUGGGGCCAUCAAGGUCCUAAACUGAUGACUCGGAUUUUGAAGAAAUGGUGUGGGACUGAUGAUCUCGAUGACUUUCUGAACAAAAAAUGCAAAGGAAUCCUGUAUCUGUCCAGCAACUGGUUCUACCCUGUUCCAUACACCAACUGGCAAAGGUUUUUUGAAGAAGGUACAUGGAACGAGAACAGUGAGGAGAUUAGAAAUGAAUUCACAAAGACACGUGGGGUCCAUAUCUGGAAUUUUUUAAGUGGCCGGCAUAGAGCUCAUAUUAAAGGAAGUCGGUCUAUAAUAGAAUACUUGUUUAGUGAAUUCUGUCCAAGCACAUAUGAGGAACUGAUGUAAAGUGCUGAAGAAGCUCAGCAAGUCUGGUAGUACCUGUGGAGAGAGAAACCAAAUUAGCAUUCCGAGUGCAGGAUGGCACUUCUUUGGAAGUAGACCAAUCCUAUGUUAAUUUGGUGUGCAUAUUUGCAUUGGUUGCUAAUUACUACAAAAUCGCUGCCAACCGCACAAAUCACUAUGGCUGAUACUAUGAGGUUCCACUUGGCCUCAUCUCAUUGUAUCUUCAUCUGUAUCUUUCCACUGUCAAGAGACCUACAGAUUACUCCCACCGGGGACUUAUUUCCCUUGUCAUUUCUUAUUUCUAGCAAAAGUGACAUCAUUUCUCACUAUAGCAUUGGUCUCUUCCUUCAUUAACAAAACUAAAUAAACUACCUCCUUUUUCCUCCUGCCUAUCCUUUUGAAACACUGAGUACCCCAGAUAUUCAAUUCCAAAUCUGGUCUUUCUGCAACCUUAUCUCAGUAAUAACCACCAAAUUGUGCCUAUUCACCGUUAUUUGUGCUGUUAACUUGUUAAUUUUAUACCGAAUGCGUUGUGCAUUCCAAUGCAAAGCCUGGAUUCUGUCAAAUUUCCUGACAUUUUAAUGAUUCCUGGGUGCAAUAUGAUAUUCACACAUUCUGCCCCUGCCUUUUAUUUUCAGACUUUCAACUAACUGCACUUCUACCUUCGUCUUUAACUUUGUUUUCAUAAUUUUCCGUGCAACAAGAGUGGUGCUAGAAAAGCACAGCAGGUCAGGCAGCAUCCG